AUUCGUGAAGUGAAGACAUACCGUUCAAAGGUGCUGAAUAAGCAACUUGUUUAGAAGAAAGCAAAAAUAAUCAAAGCUUUUUAAGCAAAAAUAAAUUUUCAAGUAUUAUCCUAAAGCAAAGAGACCAGCAACUGAAAGAAAGUUACAGAAAUUAAAAACAAAAGCUGCAAAAAAGCAACCGCAAGAUCUCAUUUAAAGUUUAUCAACUGCAAAACCAUAGUCAAAACAAAAUGUCUGAGGCUUAUUUCGAUGAAUACGAGCACUACAACUUCGACCACGACAAGCACAUCUUUUCGGGCCGCAGUGGCAAGCAACGCAGCAAGAAGGAGGCCAGCGAGCACACUAAUCACUUUGAUCCUAACGGACAUUCACGCAAAUUAGUUACUAAAUUUAUGAAUACCAAUAACAAUCGAAAGACGUGUGCCGCCAAGAAUUGAGUGUUGGUCCAAAGUGAGGAGGUAGAAGUAGUGCAGCAGCCGCAGCAGCAGAAACAGAAGCAGAAGUACAAACGCGUUAGUGAGGAGCAAAAAGUUAAAAAAUAUAUAAAAAUCGAAAAGGAGACAAAGCAGAAACCUAAGAAGAAGAAAGCGGGCUUAAUUGGCGCUACGUGGCGUCGUAAUAAACCCAAUACAAUAAAAAAUUUUGAGCGUUAGAGUGGAGUUUAU